AUGCAGACUAUAGAGACAGUAGUUUCAACUAAUAGGAGGAGUCCUGGUCCUGUUGUUGAAACCCCUAAAGUUGGCAUGGUUUUUAGAAGAUGGGAGGAUAUAGAGAUUUAUUACAAAAAGUAUGGGGAGCAGGAGGGGUUUGGGGUUACGAGGGUGCAAGGAACGAAAUCUAAAGUUACCAAUGAGCGUAAGUGCAUGACAUGGAAGUGUGAGUGUUGGGGUGCCCCUAACAUGAGGGCUCAAAGGGAGGCGAAGAAGAGGGCAAAGGCGAUGGAUGUUGGUGGGUGUGGAGGUAAUGUUAAUGGAGUCAUAGGAGUGCAAGAGCAUGCCCAAGGCAAGAGAAAGUCCAAAAAAUGUUACUGCCCUGUUAAGAUAUAUGCCGGGGUUAAUGAACAUGAGGAGUGGGAGUUAAGGAAGGUUUGUAAUGAGCACAAUCAUGACCAAAAUCCCAGUGAUGCAGUCUUAGUUAAAGAAUAUAGGAUGAAGAACUACACCUCAAAUGAGGUCUUGCCUUCUUUGAAAUAUAUGGAACAUGAGGUUUAUAAAGCUAGGAGACUGAAAAUGGAGGAUGGUGAUGCAACAGCCAUGAUGGCUUAUUUUGACCGGAUGCAAGCGGACAAUCAGAAUUUUUUCCAUUGUCACCGAUUAGACACACAUGGUCGGUUGAAGGAUGUGUUAUGGGUGGAUGCCAGGAGUCGGGCUGCAUAUGAGUAUUUUGGGGAUUUAGUAUGCUUUGAUGCUACCUAUUUAACUAAUCGAUAUGAACUUCCAUUUGCAAAUUUCGUGGGUGUGAAUCAUCACGGGCAGUCCAUCCUAUUGGGUUGUGCACUAGUUUCACGAGAAGAUGCUGAAACAUACACAUGGGUUUUUCGACAGUGGCUUGCUUCCUUGGGCAACAGACCUCCUUUAGCUAUUCUGACUGAUCAAGCAGCAUCCAUGAGGAAGGCCUUGGUACAAACAAUGCCCAGCUCCAGGCAUCGCUGGUGUAUAUGGCAUAUUGUCAGGAAGUUUGGUGACAAACUAGGAAAGUGCGACAAGUACAAAGAGUUUAAGAGCCCCUUGAAGGCCAUAAUAUAUGAGAGUUUUACUGCGGAAGAGUUUGAAAGAAGGUGGCACGAGUGCAUUAAAAAAUACAAGUUGGAGAAGAAUGAGUGGUUGGAUGGCUUGUUUAAGGAGAGACAUAUGUGGAUUCCAGCUUAUAUGCGGGAGUAUUUCUGGGCGGGGAUGAAAACCACGCAACGUGUGGAGAGCAUAAACAGUUUCUUUGAUGCGUUUGUUAAUCGGAAAACCAGGUUGUGUGAAUUCCUUGUACGCUACACAAGGGCAAUGAAGAAGAGGGUUUCAGACGAGAACGAAGCCGACGCAAAGGCUACCAAAUACAUCAGACGCCUUGUGAGGGGGUUCAAACAUGAGAAAUUAUUUCAGAAGUUAUACACCGAUGCUAAGUUUCAGGAAAUUCAAAGUGAACUUACCCGAAUGAUGUACUGUUAUGAUGGUGAGGUAACUGUCAUUGAUGAAAGUACGACUCGGUAUGUGAUUGAUGAUAGGGUUUGGAUUGUACCGGAAGGUGAAAGCGAGGAAGUAAUCACUGAUCGACGAUGUAACUACUUUUUCAUCUUCAAUCAUGUGACAAAGGAGGUUUCAUGUGAUUGUAGAAGGUUUGAAGCUCAUGGCAUCCUAUGCAAGCACUGCAUACGUGUGUUGGAUAAGAACAAGGUGGUAAAGAUUCCCGACAAAUACAUCGUCGAUAGGUGGCGUAAAGAUAUUGUUCGGAAGCACACUAGAGUGAGGGUUGCGUACUAUGAUCCCACGCGGACCCCAGAAGUUAAGAAGUUCAACAACAUGAUGAAUGUGUUUGAGCCGAUAUGUGAUGAUGCUGCAGUUGCUGAUGAUGAAACAGUGGACAUAGUGGUGAAAGCAUUAUCUAAACUCCAUAGCGAAGUCAAGGAGAGGAGAAAGAAAUACAUGGAGUUAAUGGCUACAAAAAACCCACCGUCUAGUGAACCUCCACCCCAGUCAGAGAUAGACUCCAACAGUUCGUGUCCACCCCAGUCAGAGUUAGGUAUCCACAGUUCAUGUCAACCAUCUUCUUCUAAUGUACAGGCUACAAUUUUAGAUCCGCCAAUUAAGAAGCGACCUCGGGGCAGGACUAAAGGUUCCCGGAAUAAAUCAUAUUCUGAGACAGGUUAUAAACCACCUAAGACCAGGAAAACCAAGGGGGCGAAUCAGAAUGAUGAGUUGGGAGAGUUGCAGGACUUGGAUCCCAGUGAGGUUGAUGUUUGCAACACCCAAUAUGGUAGUGCUGAUGUAUGCAACUCCCAACAUGGUGAUAGUGUAAGCCUUGCUAAUGAUGCUGACUUGAUUUCGGUGAUGAAUUAUAUAAACAAGGGAAUGCCUGUUAUGGCCUCAACUUACUUAUUGGAUGUGUAUGAGGAUGACUGUGCUGGUAGCAUCUAG